AUGGACAAGAACGGGCUACCAAAGAUCCAUCGGUUUGUAACCGACCACAACAGUGAAGGAAAGGCCAUUUUCCACAAAGACGUCGAAGAAGUUCUACCAUGGAGCGACAGACAUGAUACAGUCAGAUUUGGUCUAGGGUACACAACAAGCCAGACGCCCGUGGACCUGAAUUCCUCGGCCGAUAUCAAGACUUACAAAGCCCACCAACAAAGUCCGCCUGGUAUAAUGAUUCCUGGAGGCUCUGUUCUCAGAUAUGUGGAUGUACCACCGCUUCACCAUUCAGAGAUGCACAGGACUGUGAGUCUCGAUUAUGGGGUCGUCCUUGAAGGGGUGUUUGAUCUUGUCCUGGAUUCUGGAGAGGUCAGAAGGAUGAAUCGGGGUGAUUGUGCUAUUCAGAGAGGCACGAACCAUCAAUGGAGAAAUGCCAGUCCUGAUCAAUGGGGACGAAUGAUGUAUGUGCUGCAAGAAGCGAAACCGGUCGAGAUCGGGGGAAAGCAGCUAGGGGAAGACUAUGGUGGUAUGCAAGAGGUUAAGGCCUCUGCGAGUUAG